AAGUGGUCGGAGGCGCUGCGCCAAUCAGCCUGCAACAACGGCAAGACGGCGGAGAUUGGGCACCAGCGGUGCCAAAGGUGCGCUGGCUUCCUCAUGUAUCCCAUUGCCGUCGCCUGCCCGCCGUCUCCUUCCUGCCCCAGAGUGAAGAGAAUGACCAGCCAGAGUACAUCCGCGGAACACCUUGUGGGAUCCAGUACUUCGAAGAGCUUGAAGAUCAUUGUUACAGGGGUAAUGAGGUUAAGCUCUAUGAACACCAGGUAGACGCUCUCUUUGCUAUGUUCUGGCACAAGGAGCCAGACAUCAAGUACUACAUGUGCACAAUCAAUAAAACAUUUGCUAAGCCAGGCCACCGCAUGGUACAAUAUACUGAAGACAACCUGUUGGACUAUAUUGAUCCCAACAAUGAUACACUCAUGGUCAGGCUUGCGGAUGCCCGUCUACGCGUCGAAUGUCGCAUUAUGCUAGGAACUGACAAGAGGGCCACUAUAACCACCAGCUGGUCUGAGUUUCGUCGCCGUGCCAACAUUCGCGAAGGAGACAUCUGUGCUUUUCAUUUCAGGGUCACUUCAAAGCGCCGCGUGUUCUCACCGUGCACUGCCUCUAGAUCCACCAUCGAAGACACCACAGUUCCUGUGUGAAUAUAAUCUAGCACAGUACAUUGAAUUAUGCUCGUGAUUAACCGAUGGUUUACUUUUGGACCCUGCUAUCUCAUGAUUUUGAAGAUCUGAAAGCUAUGUCGUUGCCUAUGUAAACUCUACUAUUCUCAGUCAUGUGGUUUACAUCCACCUGUUCAGAUCCA